AUGUGCACGCCGCAGCCGUUUCUCGGCGUGCACUCGGACCCCGCGACGAGCGCGUGCCUGCGCGGGCGAAUAGCGUGCGACGCGUCCUCCGCCUGCGACGAGCCGCUCAACCGCUCCUGCCUGACGGCACACAUUCCCGCCUGGGGUGGCGUCACACUCGACCGGGUCUCGUGCUGCCUGCGGUGCUGCCUGAGGCAGUGGAUCCACAGGCUGGGCCUGGAAGCCAACGCGCAGCACUGGCGCGACCGGGGCGUGGAUUUCUCCGUCUCCGAUGGCAGGGGAGGCGUGCGAGCGGACGGGGAUGCGCAGCUGCAGCUGCGUGCCGCCCAGCCAGUGGACUCGGUCCUCAACCUCCGCUUCAGCAUUGCUCGCUUCGCCGACUUUCAAGCCGUCGAGAGGCGGGACUGGCAGUGCUUGGCGGACGGCUGCGAGGGAGUCGAGGCUCCUCGCUUUCGAGCGGCGAGCCGCCGGCGAAGCGGCUCGCUCGUGGUGUUGAACGGCUGGGGCUGGUCGCGUGCCAAGUAUGUACGCGUCCUAGCCUCCGUCGAUAGGGCCCUGCCCGACGGUCCGCUGGUGGUCUAUUUCGGCGAUGACUGGUCCUGGAACGUCUCCGGGCUGGCGAGAUUCGACGCGCCGUUCACCAAGCUUGCGUGCCACUUUGCGAUGAACCUUGACGAUGACGCCGCGAGCCUGCCAACGGCACGGCAAGUUCCAAUCGGCCUCAACGCAGGAUGGGCGCCAUCGCUCGGAACAGGCAGUUCCGCGGCGGUCGACAUGUCGGCGGUGCUGAGAGCGCACGGGCGACUGCCGGGUACCGUCAGCCAUCGCACGAAGCAGCUGCACUGCUGCUGCCAGCGCAGUUGGACUCAUCGCCGCCGGGCAUACGAGGGCCUCUUUGCCGCCGGCCACCAGCACUGCACGCGUUCGGCUCUGGAGCGGACAGGCGCUACGGAUUCUCUGGUGGCGCAGUAUCUGAAUCACAAAUUCGUCGCCGCUCCUCAUGGCAACGGGAACACCGAUUUCCGCGUUUGGGAGGUGCUCAUGGCGGGCUCAGUCCCUGUGGUCGACCACUUUCCUGCCCACGACUGGCUUUACGACGGCCUGCCCAUAGUGCGCGUCAAGGAUUGGAGCGCUGUCACGCCUGGUUUUCUCAGCGAGGAGUGGGAGCGCAUUCAGAGUGGCGUCAAGGCGGGCCGGCUCGGAUGGGCCAAGGCGUACUUCCCGUUUUGGUUCGGGACUUUUACGGCGCACCUCUCCCCCGUAAAUACUUAG